AUGUCGAUCCACCUCAAAACUCCGCCUCCAUCAGAAAACCCAACAAUGUUUGUAAUCAGAUUCCCAAUAUGCCCGCAACAAUUCCACAUAUCUAAAUUCACUAUCUUCUUCCUCCUCAUUUUUUCCGGCACCGUCUAUUCGGCUCCGCAAAUUCCGUACUCGCACUGCAACAACGUCGUUCCGGAGCCACUCAAGUCCCCAGACUCAGACCCAAAUAGCCAGCUCCCUGGCUCAAAAUUCCUCACUUUACGCAAUGCCUAUUUUGAUUACAUGGAGAAAAGCGCCCAGAACGGCAAUUUUCUAAAUCCGCAAAGGUCCCUCUUUUUGCGGACCCGCAAAGUUUACAGAACCAAGACUGAUGGGGUACUCAAAAUCGACGCGUUCUUGCGUCUAACGGGUGCUCAAGGUCGGGGAUAUUUUGGAAAUUUUACGCACCGGGAGUUGCGUCUCGUGCAUUACCGACCUCCUAGGAUUCCGUUGACGCCGAGGGAUGCGCUGAGUGUGCUGGAAUUUUCGAUGAAUGGAUAUUGGGAUUCGAGUUCUGGAAAGGUCUGUAUGGUCGGCUCAGGUUUGGGCAAACUAAGGUCUGUUCAUGCUGUUUUAAAGCUGAAUUAUCCUGAUUCUUCAAGUAUUUUUAAUAGUUUAGUUAAUGGUACGUUGGAAAGUUUGGAUGUAAAUGAUAAUUAUUUAAACCUCAAGCAUGUAAAGAUACUAGGCGUGAACUUGAGGAACUAUAAGUAUGAACUGAUUGAUAAAGAAGUUAAAAAUAAGGGGUUUCCUUUUUUUGAUGAUUUGGCUAAUGUUUCGUUAGGCGUAGAGGACUUGGGACAAACGGUGUGUCAAUUUAUUAGAUCAGCUGGUGUUGUCGAAUUGAAUUAUAUGAGUGAAUGCAGUAGUGUGAAUUGUGAUUUUCUUGGAGGAGGCAAUAGUAAUUUCACACCGAGGCUGAUGAACUUUAAUGAGAUUGAGUGUUCGGAGGAUGGGAGAGUGAGGUAUUUGUUAAGUUUCGGGGAUCUCGUGUAUAAUGGGUAUCAGUUGCCUUUUGAACCGAAUAUGACUUUGGUUAGUGAGGGAAAAUGGAAUGCGGAGAAGAAGAGGCUUGACAUUGUUGGCUGUCACAUUUUGAGUGAUUCUGGUAGGAGUUUGGUUGGAGAAUGUAUGAUCAGGUUGAGCUUUAGAUUUCCAGCAAGGUGGACGGUGAGAGAGAGGAGUGCUGUUGUUGGGGAAAUGUGGAGUAGUAGAAAUGUUAACAAGUCCAGUUAUUUUGGCAGAAUUGCAUUGGCAAAUAGAAAAAAUAAGAAUGUAAAGGUUGCACGUUUGAAAUAUGAAUUUACAGAGAUUGAGAAUGUAACAAGAUGGUGUACAAAUAGAAUGCAGAAGGUUAAGGGGGGUACGUAUCCUAAUGGGCAAUCAUCUGACAUGAGAUUUGACAUGAUGGUUGGAAAUAAGAAUAUCAAAGAAGCAUGGGGUUACUCGUCUCCACUUUAUGUGGAUGAUAGGUUUUAUCGGGCAUCUGUAGUUUUUGGAAGGGAAGUUGAAUCUAGGGAGGACCACAUGAGGCAAAACCCUAAGAGUGUGAUUAAUAUCAGCUACGUGUUGAGCUUUGCAGCACCACUUGAAUUCAAGCUCAGCAAUGAAUUUAUGCAGGUCAAGUCAGUUGAAAUUUCUGCUGAAGGGUUAUAUGAUUCUAAAAGUGGACACCUUUGCAUGGUUGGGUGUAUGCAGAACGAGUCUCCUAAUUUGAAAGUUGGAAGGAACUCUUCAUUAGAUUGUGAAAUUCUAGUUGAGAUCCAGUAUCCCUCUUUGAAUGCAAAAAAUGGAGGUGUGGUGAAGGGAACUAUCGAAAGCACACGAGUUAAGUCUGACUCUUUUUACUUUGAACCAUUUCAUAUUCUUUCACGUUCCAUUUAUGCAACGCAAGCCAAAGAAACCAUAUGGAGAAUGGAUCUGGAAAUCACCAUGGUGCUGAUUUCCAAUACACUUACGUGCAUCUUUGUAGGUCUGCAGUUAUUUCACGUCAAAAGGCAACCAAAUGUUCUUCCCUUCAUUUCUGUCAUGAUGCUUUUUGUGCUCAGCCUAGCACACUUGAUUCCAUUGUUGUUGAAUUUUGAAGCUCUCUUCGUGGUGAGCCGCAACAAUGGCAACAAUCUGAAUGUAUACUUUGGUAGUGACGGAUGGCUUGAAUUGAAUGAAGUACUAGUAAGGGUAAUAACUAUGAUAGCUUUCUUGUUAGAAUUGCGGCUUCUCCAACUCACCUGGUCGUCAAAAUCCAGAGACGAAAGCCAGACAGCUCUCUGGAAAUCUGAUAAAAAAGUUCUGUAUUUAUCUUUACCUAUGUACAUUGGUGGUGGGUUGAUUGCUUGGUUUGUCCACCUGUUAAGAAAGUCUUACCCAAGGUCAUCACUGAGGGUUAGCAAUGUUGGAUAUAAGCAGCUGUCCUUAUGGGGUGAUCUCAAAUCCUACGCUGGGUUGAUAUUGGACGGCCUUUUGUUCCCACAGACACUGUUCAAUCUUUUCUGUGAUGCCAAAGAGAAUGCCCUCGCCCCUUCCUUUUACAUUGGGACUACCUUUGUUCGCUUAUUGCCUCAUGCAUACGACUUUUACAGAUCUCAUAGUUCGACUUGGUCAUUCAAUUACAUAUAUGCGAACCCAAGAAUGGACUACUAUUCUACCUCCUGGGAUAUUGUUAUAUGCCUUGGCGGUUUGCUGUUUGUUUCCCUCAUCUACUUGCAGCAAAGAUUUGGUGGGUGUUGCUUUCUUCCCAAGAGAUAUAGGCAUAGCACUGCAUAUGAAAAAGUGCCUGUAGUUACCAAUGAAUCUUUUUAA